AUACGCGCGAGGCAUUGAGUCAAGUCUAGUCUUGGCAACACAUUCCAAGUCCACGCUGCUUGGACUGUUGGGUCCUCACCGGCAUCCAGCUGCACGCAGCCUCACCUCACCUCACACACACCACACAGGCGAAUCUUGAAAUUCAUGUGCGUGCUGCGCGGUGAUCUUUCAUCGCAGCCGGAUUGCAUUAUUGCAACAUCACUCACCCAUGCAGAUGCAGCCGUCUGCCCUCUUCCUCCUCGUGUUGGCAAGUCUCGCCAUCGUCGUAACCAUGCAGCAGGACAGCAAUCCGUUCACAUCGGUCGAUUGCCAAUCCUCGGGGUCGGGGACGCCUUCUCCUACCCCCUCGCCGCCGCCGCCGUCGUCGUCCUCCAACAACCUCAACAACAGCGCGUUCUGGUCCAACGUCGUCGCGCUACUGGAUGCGCUCCCUUCGGCCGCGGCACCCUCGCGCUUCGCCUCCAUCUCCAGCGGCAACGGGGCCAUCCGCGCCUUUGUCCGGGGCAUCUGCCGCGGCGAUACCUUGCCGGCCGACUGCGCCAAGUACCUCCAGAACGCCACGCUGACCAUCCAGAGCCGCUGCAACAGAAGCAGCCGCCGCGCCGGCAUCUGGUACGACAAGUGCUUCGUCAGCUACGCCGACACCAACGCGUCGACGUACCAAGAGCAAUCAUUCCGCUCCAUACUCUACAACACAGGGGAGGUCGGCGACAAAGACGCCUUUGAGACCACCUACUACGCGCUCAUGAGGCAGCUCACCGCCCGCGUCGUCAACGGCUCCGGCACCGCCACCUCGCCGUCGUCGUCCUCGUCCUCUUUGCGGUCGGUGUCGCCCAUGUUCGCUACAGGGGAGGCCGUCUAUGAUGCUGCCGCCCCCAACGGCACCAUGUACGGGCUGCUCCAGUGCAUGAGGGAUCGAACGCAAGCGGAGUGUGAGCAGUGCUUGAAGGACUCGGUUGGGCGGCUGCCAAGCUGCUGUUAUGGUCACCAGGGCGGGGUGGUGCUCGGCUACAACUGCAAUCUGCGCGUGGAGAUAUACACCUACUAUGAUCUCGCGAUAGAUGCGCCGCCUCCAUCAGGCUCAGGCUUCAUCGGGCAAAGUCAAGUGAAGAAAAGGGUCCAUCCGAGGACGACUCUCGCUGUCGCCCUCCCUGUUGGAACAGUGUUUGCCGCAGCCGCCAUCCUUGGAGUUUUCAUGCAAAGGAGAAAGGCCAAUCGGAAGAAAACACCACGACUAGGCAAUGACAUCAAAGAAGAGAACAUCAGUUUUGUUGCGCCGGGCAAACUUAGUAUAGCGGUGUUAAGAACUGCAACAAACAAUUUCUCAGAAGAAAACAAACUUGGAGAGGGAGGUUUUGGUGAAGUGUUCAAGGGUACAUUAGAAGACGGGGAAGAGAUAGCUGUGAAGAGACUUUCACAUACUUCCUCACAGGGGUUCAACGAGCUUAAGAAUGAGCUUGUUCUGGCUGCCAAAUUGAAGCACAGGAACCUGGUUCAGCUCCUUGGCGUGUGCCUCCAAGAAGAGAAGCUGCUCGCCUAUGAAUACAUGCCCAACAGAAGCCUGGACACCUUCCUUUUCAGUGGCAAUCCAGCGACGCGGCGGCAACUGGAUUGGAGCAAGAGGUUCGGCAUCAUAUGUGGAAUCGCGCGAGGACUCGUGUAUCUCCACGAGGAAUCCCGGCUGAAGGUUGUCCACAGGGACCUGAAACCGAGCAACGUGUUGCUGGAUGCGGACAUGAACCCCAAGAUCUCUGACUUUGGCCUCGCCAGGGCUUUCAGCAACGACCAGUCUGGAGAUAUAACAAGACGACCGGUCGGAACCCUUGGGUAUAUGUCACCAGAGUAUGCCUACUGGGGGAACGUCUCGACCAAGUCAGACAUGUUCAGCUUCGGCGUCAUUGUCAUCGAGACGGUCACCGGGCGUAGGAACAACAGCCCAUACGAUCAGUCUGCAGGAUCUGUGUCUGUGCUCAGCCAUGUCUGGGACAAGUGGAGAACUGGAGCAACAACGGACGUGGUGGAUCCAACUUUGGGCGCCGAGCACUACUCAGAAAGCGAGGUCGUCACCUGCAUAGAGGUCGGGCUCCUAUGCGUCCAGGAGAAUCCGGCGGACCGCCCGGACGCCUCCGCCGUGGUGCUUAUGCUCAGCAGUCCCACCUCCACGCCCGGUGAUAGGCGAGUCCCAUCCAGACCGGCCUUUGUCUUCAGCACUGCCUCAGCUUGGAGCUCCGGCGGUGUGCAGAUUGGCAAUAAUAAACACACAUCCACGUCCAUGGUUUCAGUUUCAGAUAACGAGGUGACAAUCACAGAACUUCAGCCGAGGUAGCUAAAAAAAAUGGACAUAUAUAAGCUUUGAACCGAUGGGAUGAAACAGAUUGUAUUGAAAAUUUCUGUCCCUAAAGGCCUUCUCCAUUCCAUAUAGAUUGAAGUAGAUUAAGGUGCCGUUCGGUUGUUUGGGAUUGGUGGGUCGGAACGAUUCCUAACCAGAUUGCUUCUCUAAUUUAUAUAAAUUUUGAUUAGCUGGAACGAUUCCGGUUGCAAUCCGGCACAAACAAACAAGGUCUAAGGGCCUGUUCGGUUAUUCAGGAAUCUACUCCAGGAAAGAUUCCAACUGGAAUAAUUGUAUAAUUUGUAGUAUAAAUUGGUAACCUGAAAUAGUUCCUAGCCUUUUCCAGCCUAACCAAACAGUGUCUAAGGUCAUGUUCGUUUUGGUUGGAUUGCACCCAGAAUCGUUCCAGCUAAUCAAAGUUUAUAUAAAUUAGAGAAACAAUCCGGUUAGGAAUCGUUCCCACCCACCAAUCCGGCACAAACGAACAA